GCAGAGGAAGGACAAAAAACUGAGGUGAGAACAGCUGGAGAACAACUGGGAAAGACCAACAGCUUCUUUCAAAACAUCGACAUGAAGACCAUCAUUUCAAUCGCUCUUCUCUUGACCACUGUCUGCCUGGUCUCUGAGGCUGUCCAAGUCCAGGAUGGAGAAUAUUUUUUCUCACUGGAAUCAGUGAAGGUCCUUCAGCACCUGAUGGACAGCAGCUCUGUAUCCCAGCAGCAGACUCCUCGCCUAUUCAAGACUAGCAAUGCUGCAGUUUGUGGAAACCCAACUCUGCCCCAGGAGUUUAUAGAGCUCUGUCAUCAAAGUGGAUCUUCCCUGGUCUUCUCCAGGCUAGCUGCAGUGCCUAUGGAUGUGUGUGAAAUCUGUGCUUUCGCUGCCUGUACUGGUUGCCUGUAAUGGAAUGGUUUUUCCAUGAACCCAAGUCACAAAAGACUGUUUUGGAACUGUUACUUGUUUAAAAGCACAUGUGUAAUGACUCUUAGACUGACAGUACAAUAAACUGUAUGUUUUUGUUUUUGUUACAGUAUGUUUAUUUAUCAGUUUGAUGUAGAGUAGACUUAUUUUUCUUUUUCAGUUUCUAUGUGUUUUCUUUUAUGUAUUUUCAUAUGUUCAUCAGUGCCUUAUAUUCAGUAAAUUGCUUUCAGAAA